AUGCGCACCCCCCGCGCUCCACACCCCACAGCCCCCGCUCGGCCAGGAGUAUUGUAGCGGGGUCUUGUCGCUGUCGCUCCGUCUCUCUCUGGUUCUCUCUUUCUUUUCUUUCUCUCCUGUCCGUCCGUCCGUCUGUCUCUUUCUUUUCUCCCUCGCUCUCUCGCUCUCGUUCUCUCGGUCCCUCCCCACUCCCCCCACACGGGCACGCACACACACGGGCGACACUCGCCCGCUCGCUCCCAGGAACAUGGCGGCGAGUCAGGGCAGCGGCGGCGGCGGCGGCGGCAGCGGCAGCGGCAGCGGCGGCGGGGGUAGUCCGGCUCCGGGGCCCGCGGGGUCGGGGGCGGGCCCGGGGGCGGGCCCGGGCCCGGGCCCGACGCUCUUCAGCCAGCCCUUCUCGGGCGGGCCGCAGUGGCCCCCGGGGAGCCUGCAGCCCCCGCCGGCCGCCGGCCGAAGCCUGGACCGGGCCCUGGAGGAGGCGGGCACUUCGGGCAUCCUGAGCCUCAGCGGCCGCAAGCUCCGCGACUUCCCGGGCUGCGGCUACGACCUCACGGACACCACGCAAGCAGAUCUUUCAAGAAAUCGAUUUACAGAGAUUCCUUCAGAUGUCUGGUUAUUUGCACCACUCGAGACCUUAAAUUUAUAUCAUAAUUGCAUCAAAGCUAUUCCUGAAACCAUAAAAAACCUGCAGAUGUUAACGUACCUUAACAUUAGUCGAAAUCUUUUAUCAACAUUGCCAAAAUAUCUGUUUGAUCUACCGCUAAAAGUUUUGGUUGUCAGUAAUAAUAAACUGGUCUCCAUUCCUGAAGAAAUAGGGAAAUUAAAAGACUUGAUGGAAUUGGAUAUUAGCUGCAAUGAAAUUCAAGUCCUUCCCCAACAAAUAGGCAAAUUACAUUCACUUAGAGAACUAAAUAUAAGAAGAAACAAUCUUCAUAUAUUGCCAGAUGAAUUGGGAGAUCUUCCCUUAGUUAAGCUGGAUUUUUCUUGUAACAAAGUGACAGAAAUUCCAGUUUGUUAUAGGAAACUCCGUCAUUUACAAGUGAUAAUUUUGGAUAACAAUCCAAUGCAGAUACCGCCGGCACAGAUAUGUUUAAAGGGUAAAGUACACAUAUUUAAAUUCUUAAAUAUCCGAGCAUGUUGCAGAAUAGAGAAAAAGCCAGACUCCUUGGAUCUUCCUUCAUUAAGUAAAAGAAUUCCAUCCCAGCCUCUCACAGACAGCAUGGAAGAUUUCUAUCCAAAUAAAAACCACGGUCCUGACUCUGGUAUUGGAAGUGAUAAUGGAGAGAAAAGAUUAUCUACAACUGAACCAUCAGAUGAUGAUACUAUCAGCCUUCACUCUCAAGUAUCAGAAUCAACCAGAGACCAGACUCUAAGAAAUGACAAUCACUUGAUGGGAAGCAAAGUUGAUUCUCAUAAAGACCAGGAGGUGUAUGAUUACAUUGACCCCAACCCAGAAGAUGUAGCGGUUCCUGAGCAAGGAGAUGUGCAUAUUGGAUCAUUUGUCUCUUUUCUGAAGGGGCGAGAAAAAUAUUCUGAGAAAUCUCAGAAGAAUGAAGAAUGGGGAGAUGAGAAAAGGAUUCAGAAAGAGCAAUUCCUUGCAGAAGAAGAGGAUGGUGAUUUGAAGGAAGUUACUGAUUUAAGGAAAAUAGCUGCUCAGUUAUUGCAGCAGGAGCAGAAGAACAGACGGAGACCUUUAAGUUAUAGAACAUCAUUCAGUGAAAAACUCUUCCAGAGGACCAGAGCAGCAGGACGUGCAUCAAGGCUUCUUAAUCAUUCAUCUUCAGUAAACCCAAGAAACAGACCUAAGCAAACUGUGGAAUUUGAAAAAAGUGUCUUGGCAGAUGAAGUAAAUUCCGCAUUGUCACCCUUCAUGUGGCAGCCUUUAGGAAAUCAAAAGGAUCCAGUUGAUGAACAGCAGUGGCCUGAAACUCAACCUGUAAUCUGGCAGAAUGAAGAAAGGAGGCGAAGCAAGCAAAUUAGAAAAGAAUAUUUCAAGUAUAAAUCUUCAAGGAAGAAUUCAAGUGGAAAUGAACAUGAGGAGCAAGACAGUGAUAAUGCUAAUGUGUCCCCACAGUCUCCAGUAUCAUCUGAGGAUUAUGACAGAACUGACAGUUAUUCACACGGUCCAUUUGGCUUGAAGCCUAGAUCAGCUUUCAGCCGUUCAUCUCGCCAGGAAUAUGGGACAGCAGAUCCUGGAUUUACAAUGAGAAGAAAGAUGGAGCAUUUAAGGGAGGAGAGGGAGCAAAUACGACAACUUCGUAACAAUCUUGAAUCGAGGUUAAAAGUAAUUUUGCCUGAUGAUAUUGGAGCAGCAUUAAUGGAUGGAGUAGUUCUUUGCCAUUUAGCCAAUCAUAUAAGGCCACGCUCUGUAGCUAGUAUUCAUGUACCAUCACCAGCAGUGCCUAAACUAAGCAUGGCAAAAUGUCGAAGAAAUGUAGAAAACUUUCUUGAUGCUUGUAAAAAAUUGGGUGUCUCACAGGAAAGACUCUGCUUGCCGCACCAUAUUUUGGAAGAAAGAGGCCUGGUGAAAGUUGGUGUCACAGUUCAGGCUCUCUUGGAGCUGCCCACUACUAAGGCAUCUCAGCUGUCAGCAGCUUGACAUGACUGGAAGCAAUUAUGCAAAAAUACUAGUUUUAUUUAUUUAUACUCAUUUUAAGCACCUCAGCUUUCUGAAUGAGAAUGGCCAAUCAAAAAGUUUUUGUCUAGAACAGUGUCUUUGUUUUAUUAUGUAGAUAACAUUGAAGUCAAAUCAAAGCUUAUGUAAUUAAGCUCCUUUCAAAAUGAGAUUUACAAAGUUUCUCAUGUACUCAAAUUCUUUUUACUGAGUCAGUCAAUAAUGCUUGGUUAUUUUUUUGGAAAAACUAGAUUAUUGGUAAAUCGAAAACGUGGCUUGCGUAUUUUUGAAGCUCAACAUAAUGGUAGAUAUCAGAUAAAUGAAUCCAUUUUUACUACUAAUUCCAAAUAGUCUUAUAUUUGAGUUCUUAAUUACACUCAAAUAUAAUUCUCCAGUCUUUAGGGAGUAAAAUACCUACACAGAACAAAGAGUCGGCAAAAAUCCGAUUCUUUUCGUCUGCUAGGUUGGUGCCAACACAGUUUCAGUUGUGCUGGAGACUGUUUACAUGGGAAGUGCCUGUGUAAUUGAUGACUCUUAGAGUCUUAAAACCUUUUUGGAAUUUCUCUGUGUAUGGAUGUGUUCAUUGGAACUUUGCUGAUAUUUUCCUAGUUUUCUGUCAGGCCAGUGAUGGGUGAGGAUUGAAAUGUGCCUCACGAUGUUUUAUUGCACACUCUUUUUUAGUUCUUUUAUGUUGUCAAAAAAUAAUAUGUGUGAUUUAUUUAUACUAUUUAAUUUUAUGAAACUUAAUCAUCUUUCAAAAUGUAUGAUUACUUGAGUUGUAUUUUAUUUCAUAUUAUAGUGAAACGAGGAUAUGUAGAAUAGUUGAGGUAUUUGAGAACUAAGGAAAUACUGAUCAUCAGGCAUAUUUUAAUACAGCUGCCAAAAUCUCAGGUUUACAUCUUCACUUUCACCCUUGUAAUCACAUCCUUCCUGGCUUCAUGAUACAUCUGCAUAGCAGCAGCAAUCUCCAUAAAGAAUUUAAAAUACAGGACAGCAGUUCGCUUAGCCACCUUUUGGGCAUAUUCAUGUUCACGCAUUGUGCUAUAGAGAUGGCCUGCUUCUGGGUCCCAUAGUUGCCAUUGCAGCCAGUAGGCCAUAUGGAAAUCCACAGCUUGAAGUCUCUCAUGAGUUUAGAGUAAAAAAAUCUUUGAUUUAGAGGUGGUAGAUUUUGAGGAGGCAGCAGUCAGAGAGAGCUCAAAAAUUUGCCUUGUUUGGCCUUUUUCCCCCUAGAAAACUCUGGCUGGUUACUUUUGAGGUAACCAUGCCAAGUACUUUGUCUUAUCCUUCUUAUUAUUAUUUGCACUUGUUACCUCUUAACACAUAUGCAAUUUGAUUUAAAAUUUUGGCCUGGGUAUUUCAAAGAGUUCUAAGUUUGGUGGGAGAAAGGAUGGGGUAAGUGAAGGGGGGAAAGGACGUCCAAGUUUCAUUCUCUAAAUGGAUAAAACCUGUGAAACUAAACAGUGUUGUACUAAGAGCUGAUUCAGGAGCGGUUCUGAUUUUUUCCCCCACUUGGUGAGUAGCCGUGCCAUUUAUCAUUGAAUUUUGGCUUUAGGAUAAACGAUAGUCUUUACAUUUCUCCAGUAGCAAAUCGAUGCUCUUCAGGAAGUAUGUCUCCUGGUGGCUGUAAGAUUUAAAGAAUUAAUUCUAUUUAGUUUAUUUUUCAAAAUAUCUUGAAAUAAUUUUAAACAAAGUUUACUUUGAAGACAGCUCAGUGAAGUAACCGAUCACUGCCUUCUUUGUGAAGUACUUGGACAACCUAUGAAUUUGUGUAAGAAAUGGCUAGGAAGCCGUUUUUUUUAAAACAGAAAUUUGACAGUGUUCCAGUAUUAGUAUCACCAAAAUGCAAUGUCUUAACUCUUUUAUCAUAUCAUUCCCUUUGUGAUCCAGUUAUGACAAUAUUUUGACAAAUAUUUUUAUGUUCCACAUGAGUACACUUCAGUGGAACCCCAGGAAUGUUAUUCACCCUGAAGACAUUUAGGCUAGUACCUUAUUACAUAUAAUUGACUGAGUAAUUAUUUAUUACUUUACAAAGUAGGCUAGAUCCUCGAUAAAAUAUUCUUUGUUGAAAGGCAGAAUUCAUUGUGAGGUGGGAGCUUCCCAUCAUAAUCCAUGGGGGUUUACGUAAUUACCUGCAUAUACCACAAGGCACUUUGUCCUGGAAGAUGGGCCUGUGGCAUAGUUCCCUAGGAUAGCAAUAGAGCAAGGCUCCAAUGUAUUUCUCUUAGUAGAUUUUCAUUGUUGAAACUUGGUGUUGGUGUUUUUGGUGAUGUUUUCUAUUACGAUAUAUUUAUUUCAGCAGUUGCUGGAUUAAGAAUGAUUUAUUUACACUAUAGAAAUUGGAUUUGCUGUUACCUGGGGGAUAGAUUAUCGAGCUUAAAUAUUUUCAUGCAUCCUAAAAUAACAGUACAGUAGAUUGCUACUUCUGUAAGAUUUGAUGACUUUGUGGCACAAGGAAGCGUAAAUGUUAGCUUUGUUAGAAUGGAAACAGAGUAAAAAUGUAUUAAUAUUUGGUUAAUCAUUAUCUUUAAAUACUGUUAAGUUAGUGACCUUUUUUCGACUCGAGUCUUUUGGAAGCUUCGGAAAUGUGUACUAGAUCCUAGCUCUGCCAUAAUCCAUUUUCAUAUGGAUUGAGAAUCUGUUAAACUGCUCAUUGUAAAUUACCUAUGCCAAUCGUGGGUGGAGAAAAUGGAAUGAAAGAAUAAAAGUCUGGGAUAGCAUUUUUUAAUCUUUCUUUUUCUAAUAUCAGAACCCCCAUUUCUUUUCAUGUAGUUGAAAGUUUAAAAGCUGUGCCCCCAUGGUGUGUAUGUAUAACUUUGACCACACAGAAAGCAUUCACACGAGAAGCAUUUCAGUGACAAAUGUCUGUAUAUGUGUAUGUUCGUAUGUUAUUUCAAAAAACAGCUCAAACUGCUUUUGUAUUCCUGAUGAUAAGUAGACCUUUUUACACAAAAUGAAUUUAACUGUAUAUAUUCUAAUAUGCAAUUGGUUGACAGUGGCUUCCGUAUGCAUGGAGAGUAAAGCUGAUAUAAAUUUUGAUGGACUUUGCUGAUUAAAAGAAGCAGCCUGGUGUAGUCAGAGGUUCAGUCCCUAAACCUUAGUGCUUCCUAAAUACUUUUGUCCGUGGUACUUGAUUGGAUUAACCCCAUGAUAGGGAAUAAAACUUUCAUCCUUUUUGUUUUCACAUAAUUCUACUCAAAGCAAAAAAUCUCUGCUCAUACUGCCUCCCUUCCUGGACCGGAAGGUCCUUGAUGGCAACAGCUAGGACUUGGUUUCAUUCUUGUUUCACUACUGCCUACAAAUGUGUUUUGUGAAUACCGUGUGGCCAAUAAAGGUUUAUUGACUUGAAUUUAAUUUCCAGGAUCGAUCACAAGCUUUUAAGAUGAUCUUAAUCGAAUUUUGGAUAAAAAGUGGAUUGUUGUCCAGGGAAAUUAUUUCACUUUAUCCUGUUACUUAGUAGCCUAAUCUUCAGUUUCAAAUUUAGGAAAUUGCUUAACUGGUGAACAAUUUUUGUCAUUGUUGUUGCUCAAUUUGUUCAGUUUAGUCUAAUUCUUUGUGAUCCCAUUUGGGAUUUUCUUGGC